CAUCGUUGAGCGGCUGGGUCUCUGCCGCGGUAGGUGGCUGCGAGAGGUAGGGAGGUAGGUGGGCCGCGUCGCGUCGCCUCAGGUCCGUAGCUUUGCCUCUCUCUCCUGUUCUGCCGCGGGCCCACGAUGCCGCAGUACCAGACCUGGGAGGAGUUCAGUCGCGCAGCGGAGAAGCUCUACCUCGCAGACCCUAUGAAGGCACGUGUGGUUCUCAAAUAUAGGCAUUCUGAUGGGAGUUUGUGUAUUAAAGUAACAGAUGAUUUAGUUUGUUUGGUAUAUAGAACAGACCAAGCUCAAGAUGUAAAGAAGAUUGAGAAAUUCCACAGUCAACUAAUGCGACUUAUGGUGGCCAAGGAAUCCCGCAGUGUUGCCAUGGAAACGGACUGAAUGGUUUGAAAUGAAGACUGUUUGUCAUGUUCUUAGGAAGUAAAUAUCUUUUGAAUUUGAGAAAGUGUUGGGACAGAAAAUAUUUUCUGUAACUAA